UUCUUUAUUCAAUUUAAUUUAGGUUUGUUUAAUUUUUUUUUUUUAAAGAAAACAAUAAUCCUACAAAUCCAAACAAAAAUAAUAAAACUCGAAUCUUGCAUGAACAUGAGCUCCCAAAUGAUAAGAAACCAAAUCCACAGCCUUGCUAGCCCCUACACUUCCCCGCCAUGGACAAAAGCGCCUCCUUGAUGAAUCGAUCGCCGCCGCCAUCCCCGACGCCGCAUCGGACCGUUGAUUUCUCUCCGAUCGAGUUUAUUCUCGGCCUCGUUGCCGUCAUCACAAUCCCUGCCCUGGUCUACUCCUUCUUCUUCGCCAUCAAGUGCCCGCCCAAUCUCCUCCGCCUCUGGCGGCAUAGAUCCGCCAGGCUCUCCGGCGCCGCCGUCACCGUGGUGGUCAGAAAUCGUACUCCUUCUAGUGACGUGGCUGCAGCCGUUAAAUACAACAAGGACGAGCACUGUAAGGAAGUCAGCAACGAGUGUCCGGUGUGCCUAUCGGCGUUCGACGACGGCGAGGAGAUCCGGCAACUCGCCGCCUGUAAACACUCUUUCCAUGUGGAUUGUAUCGACAUGUGGCUCUAUUCUCACCCUAAUUGCCCUGUUUGCCGCGCCGCCGUCCCUGUCGCUGUUAAACGGCCGAUUAACAACCACGCGCCGCGGCGGCCGGCGGUUUCUAGAAGCGACGAUUUCCAGCAAGGACUGCCGGAUGCGGGAUAUUUAGUGUGAAAUUCUUCAUCUUCUUCCAUCUCUGUUCCCUUCCGUUUGCUGCAAAUUCGAACCACAGAUCGAAAAUUACGUUCAAAUAUCGUCUCAAUUUCGUUAAAUUUUGUGGAUAAUUUGGAAUUAGAUAGGUUUUGAUUUCAAAGAGUUUUGAAAUUUGGAUUGUUUUUUUAUUCUGAAAAAUUCAAAGCGCAAGAUUGAAACAGAAUUAGGUUUUUUUUUUAAUGGGAAAUUGAUUUAUGAAAUAUAUUUCCCUUUUCUUCUUCCUAUUACACGUGUUAUUAUUUGAUUCCAUUCCCCACUCUAGAUUAAAUGCGAAUAUAUAAUUUCAGUCUUAUAGUA